ACGGACGCCAGCGACAUUGCCGUUCGCGCGGUACUAUUACAGGACUUUGGCGAAGGCCUGUAGCCAAUCGCCUACGACUCGCGGAAACUCCAAUGCGCUGAACGGAAUUACCCGGUUCACGACAAGGAAAUGCUCGUCAUCGUCAAUGCUUUCAAAACCUGGCGCUGCUACCUAUCUCGUGCCGACGUUACAGUCUGAACAGACCACAAGUCCCUACAGUUCCUUCGAGCCCAACCGACCCUCAAUCCACGACAGAUUCGAUGGCUUGAAUAUCUCGAGCCCAACUUCCAUUACCACGUCACCUAAAAGUAGGGGGCAAAUAAUAUUGCCGAUGCCCUUUCCCGCCCUACUGCCCAUACAACCGCCACGGUGAAAUGGCGGACGCAAGAAACAACAGCUCGAUCCGUGGCGCCUUUCGUUCGCGUAACUGGCUAACGCGUCGGUGCUCCGAAAGAGCCACCGAUGCUUCGAAAGAGCCGCCGAUUGCUGCCAAUAUAUAUAUUCCCGUUUUAUUGGCGUUCAAUGCAUCCUCUGCUCCAGCGUCUAGUAAUUCCGAGCCAGCGCGCGAUAAUCGUUCCGCAUACUAAGCAAGCCUUUCGAAACCCCCCAAUUAUGAGGACGUUCUUCAUUUUCGCCUGCCUUCUGUUCGUCGCCACAGUCAGCUUGAGCACCGGCCUUGCUGUGGCCGACAGCAGCGGCGCGAUCGCUGAAGCGGCGGCAAGGUCAGCGGUGAAACCGGCGAGCGCAAUCUUAGUAGAGGCGCCAGCGCGAGAGGUGCAAGCGCACAGGCGAGAGCUGAAGAAGGUCAGGGUCAAGUCGUGCGGAGAGGGAUCAGGAAUUUGCCCGUACUCUGGCGUCGCUGGCUGCAGCGCUCCUGAUGUCUUCUGCGGCGGUGCCUGCUGCACGGAUUCUCACGAGUACCCUUGCUGUGGAGGAGUCAUGUGUUGCAAGAAAGGCGGGUGUUAUCAGAACAAGAAAGGCCAGUGGGGCUGCUGCCCCAUUGGGAAGAAAGCAUGUGGUAAAAAAUGUUGCUGAUCGAGGGACUAACAAUAGAUUAGGUUGAUACUGAACCUUCAUGUAAAUACACAGUUCCUGUUACCGCCGUUUUUGAAAGCUGAUUGUGGAA